UGACGAUAGACCUGAGCUGUUCCAUCAGCGGAGUAAAGAUGGCUGACCAAGGCGCCGCAGAUCCUGGUAAUAACAACAAUAAUACACCUGAAGCGUCGGAGGGAACUAUUAUCAAGGUCACAGUAAAAACCCCUAAAGACAAAGAAGAAAUCGCCAUCGCAGAAGAUGCUUCUGUCACUCAGUUCAAAGAAGAAAUAUCAAGGCGAUUCAAAGCCAAACAGGACCAGUUGGUUCUGAUUUUUGCAGGGAAGAUUUUGAAGGAUGGCGACAGCCUCAGCCAACACGGCAUCAAGGACGGCCUGACAGUUCACCUAGUCAUAAAGACAGCACACAAGGCAGGAGAUGGUGGUAGCACAUCAGCCUCAAGCCCAGCCUCGACUCCAGCAGGCAGUACCUCCACCUCCAGUCCAGGCACAAACCCGUCCUCCACAGCAGGUUCUACUGGCACUGCUCCACCGCCCGCACCAACGCCAAACAUACUGAGUGGCUUUGGUGACCUGGCUGGGCUUGCUGGACUUGGCAUGGGCUCAGCUAAUUUCAUGGAACUGCAACAGCAGAUGCAGAGGCAGCUCAUGUCCAACCCAGAGAUGCUCUCUCAGAUUAUGGAGAACCCCCUUGUCCAGAACAUGAUGUCUAACCCAGACCUGAUGAGACAAAUGAUCAUGGCCAAUCCUCAGAUGCAACAGUUAAUGGAGCGCAACCCAGAGAUUUCCCACAUGCUCAACAACCCUGAGCUCAUGAGACAGACCAUGGAACUGGCUAGGAACCCAGCCAUGAUGCAGGAAAUGAUGCGGAACCAAGAUCGGGCACUGAGCAAUUUGGAGAGCAUCCCUGGAGGUUACAAUGCCUUGCGGAGGAUGUACACAGAUAUACAGGAACCCAUGUUCAGUGCUGCGAGGGAACAGUUUGGUAGCAACCCUUUCUCAGCUCUAGGUGGCAACUCUGACUCUGGAGCCCAGCCAUCACGGACAGAGAACCGCGAGCCCCUUCCUAACCCAUGGGGUCCACCUAAUUCAUCCAGCACCUCGGAAAGUGGAGGCAGCACCACAGGAAGUGCUAACACCACCGGAGGAACCACCCCCAGUGUGUCCAACCCACUUGGUAUUAAUCCUGGCAGUCUGGGCAAUGGUAUGUUCAGCAGCCCAGGCAUGCAGAGUCUACUGCAGCAGAUCUCAGAAAACCCCCAGCUAAUGCAGAAUAUGCUGUCUGCUCCAUACAUGCGGAGUAUGAUGCAGUCACUCUCUCAAAACCCAGAGUUGGCCUCUCAGGUUUUGAUGAAUAAUCCCUUGUUUGCUGGAAACCCACAGCUUCAGGAACAGUUCAGAUCUCAGCUGCCCAUCUUCCUGCAGCAGAUGCAGAACCCAGAAGCCCUGUCAGUUAUGACUAAUCCUCGGGCCAUGCAAGCUCUAAUGCAGAUCCAGCAGGGCUUACAGACGCUGCAGACAGAAGCACCAGGCCUCAUGCCCAGCUUGAUGUCAGGUGGAAUUCCUGGCAUACCCACAGGCGGGGCAGUACCCACAGGCGGGGCGGUACCCACAAGUGGGUCUGUGCCCACAGGUGGGGCUAUGCCUACAGGUGGAGCUGUACCAACAGAGAACCCGGCAUCCUCACCCAGCAGUGCAGGGACAAAUACCGCCCAGCAGCAGCUGAUGCAACAGAUGCUCCAGAUGUUCGCCGGAGGGGGUGGAGGAGGCAGUGCAACGACCCAAACCCCAGAGGUUCGGUUCCAGACCCAGCUGGACCAGCUGAACGCUAUGGGCUUCAUCAACCGUGAGGCCAACCUGCAGGCCCUCAUUGCUACUGGAGGGGACAUCAAUGCCGCUAUUGAGAGACUGCUGGGCUCACAGCCCUCGUAAAGACAUACAGUACAUACCUGCUCACAGACACAAGCAUACCUAACACACACGCACACACACAAACACAGCUUCUACAGAGAAUCGAGAGAAAUUUAAGUGUCUUGUCCCAAAACAUGACAGAAGAAACUUCGGCAGGAUCUGUAAGACCCACAUUUUUUUGUCCAUUUUCACAGCAUUCCCUAGUCCCCAUACUUUUUCUUUUUUGCAUCACCCAUCCAGAAGUGUGUCUCCGAGUGCUGACGUAGCCGGACUGAAUCUGUGCUGUGCUGCAGAUGGUGAAAAAUCUGACGAGAGAUUCAUUUGUUGUUUUUCCACACAAAAUAGGGUUGAGUUGAGUGAUGCAGGCAGACAAUUACACAAAAUAGAUUAAACCCAUAUGAUGUGAUUGGCUGUUAGCUCUGUUUUAUACAUGGUCACCAUGAGGCAGGUUUUUAGCCUUUAAGUAGCAAAUCUAUCCAUGACGAUUUUCUGGUAUACAGACAGAACAUGUCUUGUUCAUACAUUCGUUCAAUCUUCUUUUCUCUUUCCCCAUUCUUAAGGUUCAACAUAAAUAGCUCCUUUCACUAUUUAUUGCAAGCGCUUCAGAAAAUGACGACCUCCUUCCGCUCUUUUGAACUUGUAAUUUGUCAUUCCAGAUAAAAGUGCCCACUCACAGGUGCACAGUGUCUUUUCCCUCUGAGGCACCAGUGCUGUGCCUUCUGUCCUCUCCUGCCCUACAAGAGCAUUGUCAGCCAAUUACUCCCUCACACAAAGGGUUCAUGAGAACCCCCCCAAUAACUUCCACAAAGCAUCACUCUGUGAUGAUCACAACUGUGACCAUAAUUAAAUCUCACAUUGCGGCAUCUCGAACGCAGAGGACACUGUUAGAAUGACUAUAAAUUAAACAAGUUUUUCUUUCAUUUUAAUCUGAUUCAGCAUUUUAUUUUAUUUUUUUUCUUUUUUGGGUGCAUUUAGUACCUAGGGAUAAUUAUGAUUUUUGGCUCUCAUAAAAUAAAUGUGGAAAUCAGUAAGUAAAAAAUAAUGGAAAGGCUUUCCAAGAUUUCUUCUAAAAUCAAAUUCUAGGUUGUGUUAUUUUUUUUUCCUUUUGAAAUUCUCAGCAUUGUAGUUGUGGUAAACUUGGCAACUGCUUUAAUAGCUUUGCUUUGUCUGUUGACCUCAGCUGAAAAAUAAAAAAAAAGAAUCCAUCUCCCAAUUGAACAUGUUGGAACUAACUUUUAACAGUACUGUACUAAAACAAUAAAACAUGGUCAAAAACA